CGUGCUCGUGCGAGCAUAGGACGUGGCACACGGGACAACAUAGUGCGAGACCACCCCGUCAACCCGGUAUAUUUUCGCGGAGCGCCAUCACCAUCGUCGCAGUCCGACGACAUGGAGUACGCGGAGUACUGGAUCAGUACCGUCGAGAUGCCGUGGAAGAUCUCCGAGACAUGAAGAAAGCGCGACCGAGGAUCGCAUGGGUUUCUUUGAGUCGGGGACGGCGGUAGCAGAGCCGUGAGCCAAAAUGAACCUGAUAAACAUGGACGCGGAGAACCGCGUGGUUCUGAACGUGGGCGGAAUCCGGCACGAGACGUACAAGGCAACCCUGAAGAAGAUCCCGGCGACGAGGCUCUCGCGACUGACCGAGGCGCUCGCGAACUACGACCCGAUCCUCAACGAGUACUUCUUCGACAGGCACCCAGGUGUCUUCGCCCAGGUACUCAACUACUAUCGCACCGGGAAGCUGCACUACCCCACGGAUGUAUGCGGCCCGCUUUUCGAGGAAGAGCUCGAUUUCUGGGGGCUCGACUCGAAUCAGGUCGAGCCUUGCUGUUGGAUGACCUACACGCAGCACCGGGAUACGCAGGAAACGCUGACGGUCCUCGACAGGUUGGACCUCGACACCGAGAAGCCCACCGACGAGGAACUGGCCAGGAAGUUUGGUUUCGAGGAGGCAUACUACGAGGGAACUCUUACGUGGUGGCAGAAGCUUAAGCCUCAAAUGUGGUCCCUUUUCGAUGAGCCCUACUCCUCCGUCGCAGCUAAGAUAAUCAGUAUAGUCUCCGUUUUCUUCAUCUGCGUUUCGAUACUCUCAUUUUGCUUGAAAACUCAUCCGGACAUGCGAGUGCCGAUGAUCGUGAAUCGUUCGGUAAAGACUGACAACAUAACGUCCUGGGUGGUGGACAAGACACGCACCAAUGCCCACGAUGUCUUCUUUUACAUCGAAUGCGUCUGUAACGCCUGGUUCACCUUUGAGUUCUUGAUACGUAUUACCGCGAGUCCGAACCGUUGCGACUUUAUCAAGAGUUCGGUGAACCUGAUCGACAUGGUCGCGACCCUGAGUUUCUACGUCGACUUGGCGCUGCAGCGGUUCGCGGCCCACCUGGAGAACGCCGACAUCCUCGAGUUCUUGAGCAUAAUACGGAUAAUGAGGCUGUUCAAGCUGACGCGCCACUCCUCGGGCCUGAAGAUUCUGAUACAGACCUUUCGCGCCUCGGCGAAGGAGCUCACGCUGCUGGUGUUCUUCCUCGUUCUCGGCAUCGUCAUCUUCGCCAGCCUCGUCUACUACGCGGAGCGCACCCAGUACAAUCCGAAGAACGACUUCAAGAGCAUACCCCUCGGUUUGUGGUGGGCCUUGGUGACGAUGACGACCGUCGGUUACGGGGACAUGGUGCCGAAAACGUAUAUCGGGAUGUUCGUCGGCGCGCUCUGCGCACUGGCCGGUGUCCUCACGAUCGCCCUGCCAGUGCCCGUGAUCGUUAGCAACUUUGCGAUGUAUUACAGUCACACGCAGGCGCGAGCCAAGCUACCGAAGAAGAGACGCCGUGUAUUGCCGGUCGAGCAGCCACGUGUGAGGGCACCCGGCGCGCCGCCCGGCGUGGCCGGCGGGCCCGGGACUGUCGGGCCCCCGGGCUGUGGCCAGCAAAUGUCACACUUGCAGUCCAGCGGGGGUGCGGUUACCACUGGGCCCCACGGCCUCGGCAUGGGCCAGACGCCCGGCGUCGGAUGCACCGGCGGCGGCCAAGGACCGCAGAACCGGAGAAUGAACGCCAUUAAGACGAAUCAUCCGAAGGAUCCGUUCGCCACGAAAACAGAGGAGGACCGGAGGAAUUGUAACCUACGAACCAACGGGACCAAGAGAGCCGGAGGUUUGGAUUAACCAUUUGCGGUCGUAGCGUGCUCAGACGUGGGUAUCUCUCGCAACUGGUCGGAAUUAUUUUGGAGCGAACGACGCGGCGUGUACACACCUAUAAUCAAAGAUCGUCCUGUAAAAAUCCCGUUAAUUCCAUUAGGCAUGCUUUGGCAAGAGUGAAAGAAACGUAAAAAAAUGAUACCUCGCUGCAUCGAAGCAUCAUGGCUUCCGUUGCCCAUUUUCAACGGCUAGGCAAAAAUAAACACUGCCAGCGAAGCGUGGCGGCUGAGACUCGACAUGUACAACCGGAAACGGUAAAAAAUUUCUUGCGGCAACUUCUGUCCAUCAGAUAUACGACCGCGAAGGGGGUAUAUUUAUCAUUUAUCUGGAAUGUAGAGUUAAUAGAAACGCGCGGAGAACCGGAACAAAGAUUCGAUCCAUCCCCGAGAGAAGGGAUUCGAUCCAUUCCUGUGUUUCGAUUUUAAUUCCAGAUUCCAAAUAACAUUAUACAUAUACCGUCGGGACGAAGAGGUGAAUGCGAGAGAAUCUCUCGGCGGUUAUACCACGAGCCAUCUAUUGAUUUAAAUAAGCAAAUUGUGUAGAAAAUCGAGGAGAACUUGUAUAGCGAGUAGAGAACUUUCCUCCUUCCUUCGCUUCAUAAUUUGUAUUUUUUACUAUUCGUAAAAGAUAUAAUAUAUUUCAUCGAUAGAAAAUGAAUGAAUCGAUGUAUUGACACUAUAUAUCGUUCACAAUCGAUGAAAUUCUUCUCGAGAAAUUCUAUCUAGAUCGUUUUUUUUUUCCUCUCGUGCUUCGAUAUAACGAGCGCCACAAUUUAUAAUUUCCGCUAAAGAUGAAAUUUUGUACUUUUAUAAUUUAUCGUGCCAUAUAUUUCCUGCCUUCUUCUUAAAUAUCUAUUAUGAAAAAAUAAUCAUCUUAAUUUAUUUUCGAGUUGUUUAUCAGAUAAAUAUAUCUUUAAUCUCAGAUAAAUAUAUUUUUCAGAUAACGAUAUCUCUCGUGCUAAGUAAUUUCGGCGACGAGUCAUGUGGAUAUUAUUUUUACAUAGAAAUAUCUUCAAAUUUAUUUCUCUCUGUUUUUCCUUCUUUCAAAUCUUACCUUUAAUUUCAUAUUCGUUCCGAGUACAGCGAUUAAUACGCAAAUGUUAAAACGAAAAUAUCCCACAAGAGUGCAGCCGAAUGUCUUAUACCGUCCACCAGACCACCGUGUUUGUGACUCACGUAAACAUCGCAUCACCCAUUGCUUCUAAAUUUAAGAUAGUUGGUGAUCUAAGAUACAUUGUGGCAAAGGGUAUGCUGCGCACAGUAGAAACGGGGACGUAAACUUUAUUACCUUUGAGGCUAUAUAAAUAUAUAUAUAUGUACGUUUCCAUUGUCGAUAUCAUCAUCCGGCAUUAUCUCGAAUUAAAAAAAAAAAAAAAAAUCGAUUACUCAUCAUGGAAGAACCUCGUCCUAUCUUCCAGUUGAUCGUCUAUAUCGCGCACCUACGUUAUUUCUAUCGUUAGUGCCAUCCUCGUGGAACUCGUGUAAAUCGAAUAAACGACAGUGGAAAUUGCAUCCCUGCAUCGCAGCCCGUUUUAUAUAGUAAAGAGAUACCGAUAGAUGCACCGUAUCUUUUGGUACAUCCUCCGUCGUAGAUUUUCACAUUCCCCCCCCCCCCCAUAGUGAAACGUACAUGCGACUAUUGUUCACUGCACGUUUAAGCAUUGGAUGCGUUUUGCCCGAUCCUGCGAUCCGCGAUUUCCCACCGCAUGUUCAGCGACAAAAUGUGACCGUCUGGUUUCCACCCUUCGAUCACCCGGUCGGUUAAUUUGUGACAUUGUACAUGAACUUUACAACACAUCGCACUAAAUUUCGGUAGCCACGUUUUCACGACGUGGCGCGCCAAAUGAGCGGUGAAAAUGUGGACACGUUAUUGACAUUUUGAGAAUCUCGAAUGCGAGUCGGACGGCCACUUUUAGCGGUGAAUGCGGCGAGGGCGCGGACCCGUAUCACUUUGCCCACCGUGAAUAUCGCCCGGGACCAAUCCAUGAGCUCCUCCCCGUCACCCCCUCCUCCCACCCCCCGCCCAGUAUUCGAGAUAUCGUUUCUAAUAUCAGUGAAAAAAAAAA